AUGGGAAUUCAAGGACUCACGAAGCUUCUUGGGGAUUAUGCACCGACAUCCAUGAAAGAAAAUGAAAUUAAAAAUUAUUUUGGUAGAAAAGUGGCGAUUGAUGCUUCCAUGAGCAUCUACCAGUUCCUGAUUGCUGUCAGGCAAGAUGGGUCCCAGCUCACAAAUGAGGAUGGGGAGACAACAAGCCACUUGAUGGGGAUGUUCUAUCGUACAAUUAGAAUGGUGGAGAAUGGUAUUAAACCAGUCUAUGUUUUUGAUGGAAAGCCACCAGAAAUGAAAUCUGGCGAGUUGGCCAAACGUAAAGAGAAGAGAGACGAAGCACAGAAGGAGCUGGAAAAGGCUGAAGAAGCAGGUGAUAACGAAAAUGUCGACAAAUUCAGUAAACGCCUCGUGAAGGUUACAAAAGAACAUAACAACGAAUGUAAGCAGUUACUUCAGUUGAUGGGCAUCCCUUUUGUCGAAGCUCCCUGUGAAGCAGAGGCUCAGUGCGCGGCACUUGUCAAAGCUGGGAAAGUGUUUGCCACAGGCACAGAAGACAUGGAUUCUCUGACAUUUGGCUCGACUGUGGUUCUCCGACAUCUCACCUUCAGUGAAGCCAGAAAGAUGCCGAUCAAGGAAUAUAACCUGGGCAAAAUACUUGAAGAACUCAAUCUCACACAUGAUGAGUUCAUUGAUCUCUGCAUCCUGUUGGGCUGUGACUAUUGUGAUUCCAUCAAAGGCAUUGGACCCAAACGAGCCAUGGAGCUCAUCCGACAGUACAGAAAUAUUGAUGAAAUCAUUAAACAUCUCGACAAGAAGAAAUACACAAUUCCAGAAGACUGGAUGUACAAGGAGGCAAGAAGGUUAUUCCAGGAACCAGAGGUUGCUGACCCGGAGAAACUGGAUCUAAAAUGGACUGAUCCAGAUGAAGAUGGACUAGUUGAGUUUAUGGUGAACCAGAAAAGUUUCAAUGAGGAGAGAAUUAGAAAUGGUGCUAAAAAGUUAUUAAAGUCAAGACAAGGGACAAUGCAAGGACGAAUGGAUUCGUUCUUUUCUGUGUUAUCAUCCUCAAAAACAACAAAACGCAAGGCAGAAGAAACCAAAACACCAGCCAAGAAAAAAGGCAAAACUCCUUUUAAAAAAGCCAAAUAG